UCUAAAAGAGAUCGGUUCAUAGUUUUCUUAUUUACGUGUUUUGCAAUCAUUAAGAAAUGAUUAUGAAUGAAUUAAUUAUUUUUUAUUCCAAGAAUUAACUUAAAAAUUUCUUCUACCUCCUAAUUGAGAAAUGUUAUAAAAUUAUUGUAGGUAAAAUGUAUUUCUCUUCUGUGACUACCUAUCUGAAACUGAAAAGUGAAAUAAUUGAAUUAUUGAGGGUAUGUUAAAUUUUCCUAAUUUUAAGACAAGCACAUUUCUCUAACAUUGGAAAACAAUGCCUGAUCCAAAACUCCUAUCAGGAGAAGAGUUAGUAGCAAAGGGUGUAACGAGAACUGAGGGUGCACUGCCCAUCAUUGGCCUCAAAGAAGUUGUACCAAACGGUUCUUGGUUAGAGCAAAAACAAAUACAAGUGGCUUUGGAAGCUAGAAAACAUUUAAUCGAAGUUAAUAGGAUAGAAAAACAAGGUAGUUUAUCACAUGCUGAAUGGAGAAACGAUUUAAGGCUUGCUGAAGUAAUUCGACAAACUGGUGGAUACUGGCAGUUCUAUGGACAUCAUCAAGGAAAAAAAUUGUACCUAAAACCUGAAGAAGCACUAUUUUUAAUGGAAAGUAACUGUCUGCGUCUCAACAAUAAUGGUAUAACAAUGUCAUUACAAGAAGCAUAUUCGAUAUUACUUAAUGAAGAACUGUUGUUACUGCAAUAUCAAGUUUAUGCGUCGCUCAGUAGAUUAGGAUGUAAAGUCUACAGACAUGUUGUUAAUAAGAAAGAAAAAACAAAUUCUAAUGAAGAUAAAUUAGGAAAUAAGAUAACAAAUAAAGAUACUGAUGUUAGUAGUGAAAGUAACAUGGAAAUUGAUUAUGGUAUUACUGAAAUUGGUACUCGAACUACUGAAAGACAUGCUAACAAAAAAAAUGAUAAUGGAUCUGAGAUAUCAAAUAAAAAUAGUGAAAACAAUGCCUAUGAUGAAGUACAGUCGAAUGAUAAUGAAAGUAUUGCUACCAGCAGCCAAGAAAUUGAUAACACUCACAUUGUAGAUUGUGAAAGCGAUGAUGAACUUACUGUUGUUAUUCAAAAUGAUUCUUCCAAACAAAACAACAAAAAUACAGAUGUUGAAGAUUUGACACGUAAAGAAGUUCCUGAUAAAAACACUCAUAGUAUUGAUACAGACGUGUCAGCUGAGGCCGCUAGUAGCACUCGCGAAUCGAAUGACGAAACCGAACAAAACUUAAACGAGAUGAAGCUACGAAAACUUUUGGAACGUAAAUACAAAUCCACUAAUGCCAAUGCACUCGAAAUUAAUUUCAAAAAGAUACCGGACUUGUAUCAGAAAACGUUUGCGACCGUGAAGGCGCCCGAAGAACAGUUCAUACCUAAGAACAUUUACGUAAAUAAAACGUCAUACGUGCUCAACGUCGAGAAUCUUAAAACUAAAGACGUUAGAAAUACGUCGAGCAACUUAUCCUACACAUCCUCCGAUGAACCAAACGAGUCGCUUAAGAGCAUCGGGAACGGUUCGCGUAACGAAAUACCCACCGCGACGCAUUUCUACCCGAACACGAGCACACCAAGAAUGACCAAUCAAUACAGACCUUACAACUGGUGGAGGCCGCGCGGGAACUUCAACUACUUUCAUUUUAACAUGUUCUUUCAGAGGCCAUACUUUCCUCAGUAUUUCGUACCGAGGUUUCAGUUCCAACCGAGGGUGCAUCCGGUUUUCAGAUCAUACCCGGACAUGAGGAACGCCCACACGAACGUUGAAAACGCACAAGGCACGAGGAACUCCCGGAAACGACCACGCGACACACGGAUGUACCAUUUGCAAAUAAUCAAGAACCUCGCCGGGAGGCUGAAGAGGCUGAUCGCUUCGGGGAAUCUGCAGAUAUCAAAUAUACAGUCCAUACAAAAAGUCAUACAGACUUACAACCACAGUUACAAGUGUAAAUUGACCCUCACCGAUAACUUUGAUCUCGUUGACGAGACGGUCGUUAUUGAAACUAUUGAAUUGGAUACCGAGGAAGAAUCUCAAAAUAAAAGGCAAAGAGUCAACGAAGACACCUUCUCGGAAAACUUCAACAAGCUCAAAGAGCUAGCGUUGAAGUUGAAAGAUUUGAACGAGAAAGACCAAGUCACGUCUCGGCACCGAAGGGCGUUUUCGAACGCCAUUAAAACUUUCAACAAGUCUUUCAACGCAGACAUAUACAUGAACAGCAACUACGACAUGAUCGACCGGAGGCAAGUGGUACUGGACACGAGCUCCGACUCCGAAGACGCAUUGAAUCAACCAAAUGCGUUCACCAAGAAAUUGAAGAAUCCAUUUAAUAUUAUAAAGCGUUUUAACGAAAUUCGCAACGUGCAAUGUACGAUCGAUAAGGACAACAACGGUGAACCUGAAUCGGAAAUUGUAAAACCAUACGACACAAAACAUCGGAGACCAGACGAACUCAGUAAGCACUGGUAUCCGAGUGAUGAUGAUUUCGGUCGAGCCGAAGUCGUCCGACGCGACAACGCACGCAUUACAGACAUUUUCAACAGCGGCUAUAUCUACAGUCUCAUAUCGGAGUGCCCGAAUAAGUACGAAAGCUGGUUAGAAAUUAAAAUAGCUUUCUUAAAAUGUAUCGAAAUCACCAAUAAACACUAUAAGAAUCAAAUUCCGUCAACUAGCGCUGACACGUCUGCUCUGCAGCCCCUGGUGAAGCCAGGUGAUUUCUCGGACUUGCCGAAGAUGUUAGAAAAAUUGCAAAUAAUAACCGCAGACACUCACAUUCCAGAGGAGACCAGCCUCCGAAUAGAUUUUGAUGUUUACAACAGAAGUAUAAAGAGUUUUAGAAAAAGCAACAAGCCAAAGCCAGAUUUCCGUUUGAGCUGUAUCGACGAAUCAUGUUGCCUUCCAUCAGCAGCGGAUGUCUCAGCUCUAAUAUCGAAAUACGAAGAUGAUGUACCGACAAUAUUCGCCGUUGUAGGCCUAGGCAGUAUCUCAUAUGUACAAAUAAAACCAAUCGUAUUACCAGUGUAUAUGCCUAACGAAUAAUGUAAAUAAAAUUCCUUUUAUAUUGA